CUGUGCAAGUCUAUGGCCACCACCAUGCAGACCAACAACCUGUGGGUGAUUAUCUUCUCGUGGGCUGCGCUAACCGUUGGCGCUCCCCCUUUUCUCUGUGAUGUGCUCCAAAUGCUGCAGAAGGAGGAAGAACAGUGUCUUCACGAACUGUCAAAAGAAUGGAAGAACAACUCUGAAAAUGAGCAGCCUCUAUCAGGCUGCCCAGGAGAAUGGGACAACCUAAGUUGCUGGCCCUCUGCUUCUACUGGACAGACAGUGAAGUCUGAAUGCCCGAAGUUCCUCCAAAUGCUCACUGGCAAAAAUGGUUCUGUAUUUCGAAACUGUACUCAGGAUGGCUGGUCCAACACUUUCCCCAGAACUGAUGCUGCCUGUGGGUAUGAUGUAAAUGACACCACCGAUGAAGACCGGCGUUCCUACCUCUUGAAGCUGAAAGUCAUGUACACUGUGGGCUACAGCACCUCCUUGGUGAUGCUCUUGGUUGCUCUGGGCAUUCUCAUCGCCUUCCGGAAACUUCACUGUACCCGGAACUACAUCCACAUGCAUCUGUUUGUAUCAUUCAUCCUGAGAGCCUUGUCCAACUUCAUCAAAGAUGCAGUGCUGUUCUCCAAUGACGUUACUCACUGUGAUGACCACAUGGUUGGCUGUAAAACUGUCAUGGUCUUCUUUCAGUAUUGUAUCAUGUCCAACUACAGCUGGCUGUUGGUAGAAGGCCUCUAUCUGCAUACCCUUCUGGUCAUCUCCUUCUUCUCAGAAAAGAAGGUCCUCCAAUCCUUUAUCAUCUUUGGAUGGGGAUCCCCAGCAGUUUUUGCUACAAUAUGGGCAAUCACUCGGCACUUUCUGGAAAACAAAAGGUGUUGGAACAUUAAUGUCAACCCAGGCAUCUGGUGGAUCAUUCGGGGGCCUAUUCUUAUUUCCAUCCUGGUUAACUUCAUCCUUUUUGUUAAUAUUCUAAGGAUCCUAAUGAAAAAGCUCAGGACCUCAAAAAUGAGAGGAAAUGACAUGAAUCAUUACAAACGACUGGCCAAGUCCACCCUUCUGCUGAUCCCUCUCUUUGGUGUGCACUAUAUCGUCUUUGCUUUUUCCCCUGAAGAUGCUGGCAGUCCUACCAUGGAGAUACGGAUGUUUUUUGAGUUGGCUCUUGGCUCAUUUCAGGGCUUGGUGGUAGCCAUCCUCUACUGCUUCCUCAAUGGGGAGGUAGGUACUCAAAGGAUGCUCCAGAAAAGCCAAAGAUUUCUAGUUCCAGGAAGAAAAGGCACCUGCAAUAAUCUGAAGGGAUGUCUGGAAUGGGUGGUGCCAGGGGGCAGGAAACCCUGGGAUGAGCAAAGAGGAAAAAGAGCCUGGCACCUGCCCAGUUUCAGGCUAGCUGCCAGCCUGGUUCUACUCUUUGAGUAG